GGAGGGGGCGGUCGGGACUGCAGCCCGGGGUGCGACGGCAACAAGUUGUUACUCUGGAGAGUGAACUAACCGCUGGGUGAACUGCACUUCAAAAGUGCUGUUUCUCUAAGGAUUUAUCCUAAAUGGUUCAGUUUAACCCCAUCGUCCGGGUUCUGGUGCCAUCGAUGUCUCUGCUCAGCGGCCAUGGACCCACACACGAUCUGUGCCGCGAGUGGUGAGGAAGACUGCGGCGCUCUGAGCAGGACGAGGAGGAGGAGGAAGGGCAUCACCUCAGCCUCCCUCAGCGCCAUGGACCAGAUCACCAUCGAGUUCAUCCUGCCCACCACGUCUAAGAACGGCCUCAGCCCGCACACCACUCUGCUGGAGGUGGCCGGGAACUGGACCGUGGAGCAGGUGAAAGCCCAGGUGUGGCUCCGUGCCGUGGCCUCCAACUUCAGCCCAGAUUUCUACCACAAAUUCUCCCCAGACCAUUGCAUCCUGCUGUACAUGAAGAAGGGCACGCUGUGCGAGAUCUACGACAAGCACCAGGUCUUCCAGACGCUGGACUGCAUCCGCUACUGGAGAGCGCUGAAGAAGGACGUGGGCCGGAUCUCGCUGGUCUUCCGGCCCCCCCAGCAAGACGAGGCCCUCCGCUACCAGCGGUUCCUCAACCAGCUGAUUGGCUACGACGUGACGGACGUCAGCAACGUCCACGACGACGAGCUGGAGUUCACACGGCGCAAGCUGCUCACGCCGCGGCGCAACGAACUGCAGGAGCGCGACCCCCGCCUGUACGCUGUGGACCCUUGGUUGACGGACCGGCCCCUCCGGGACCACCUGCUGAGCAAGGUGAUGAACGGACACCUCCUGGUUGUCAUCCACAUCUUCACCACCAGCCAGACCAUCAAGGUGUCCAUCGACAGCACACCUGAACAGGUAUUGGCCAGCGUCUUUGCCAAGACAGCCAAUAAGAGGGCUUUAGUGGGGAUCCCUGACGAUGUGUGCGAGUCGGAUUUCGUUCUACGAGUGUGCGGCAGGGAGGAGUACUUGUACGGGGACCGACCCCUGCAGGACUUCAGCUGGAUUCGACGGUGUCUGAAGAAUGGGGAGGAGAUCCACCUGGUUCUGGAGAAACUCCCAGACACUGACCUGGACCAGGUACAGAAGGAGGACUGGGCCCAGGUGGAUGACUGCACCGGAGUGGCAGGGACCCAUGAGCAGCUCACCAUCGAUGAGAAGGACCACGAGAGGGUGUUCACCAUCUCCAUGUGGGACUGCAACAGGAAGUUCAGGGUGAAGGUCCUGGGCAUUGACAUCCCCCUGCUGCCCCGGAACCCCGACCUGACGGUCUACAUAGAGGCCAGCAUCUUCCACGGCCAGCAGCUCCUAGCUCAGGAGAGGACGACCUCCAAGCCCUUCAUGGAGGAGGUUCUGUGGAACACCUGGCUGGAGUUUGACAUCAAGAUCAGAGACUUGCCCAAGGGAGCGCGCCUUAACCUACAGGUUUCCUGUGGGAAGACAGCUCCGCCCACAACCUCUAAGGGCUCCAGCUACCAGGACAGUCCUGGAGCAGGAAGCACUGCUGAAGGCAAGAGCAAGACGCGGCUGCAGUACUACGUCAACCUGCUGCUGGUGGACCACCGCUCGCUGCUGCGGCAGGGCGAGUUCGUGCUGCACAUGUGGAAGAUCCCCGAGAAGGGCGAGGAGAGCAGCAGCAGCGUCAACGCCGACAAGCUCACCUCGGCCACCAACCCGGACAAGACCUCCUCCAUGGCCGUCGCCGUGUCCCUGGACAAGUACUGCUACCCCGUGGUGCUGCCCAAGAGCAGGGACUCCGGGGGCGCUGGUGGAGGAGCCAGUGUUGGCGGUGGAGGAGCCAGUGUUGGCGGUGGAGCCAGUAGUGGUGGAUGUGGGGACUCGGGGGGAGAGGACGGCGGGGAGCCGGGGGGCGAGCGGGGCCAGAGGGAGAUGCCCAACCACCUGAGGAAGCAGUUUGAGGCCAUCCUGGCCAAGGACCCCCUGCACCCGCUGAGCCCCGAGGACAAGGAGCUGCUGUGGCACUUCCGCCACGAGUGCAUGCGCCACCCCCGGGCCUACCCCAAGCUGCUGGCCUCGGUGCGCUGGGGCCGACAGGAGGACGUGCAGGCGGCCCACGCCAUGCUGGAGCGCAGCAGCGCCUGGGACAGCAGUGGUCUGGACGUAGGUCUGGCCCUCCAGAUGCUGGACUGUAACUACUCGGACGCCCAGGUCCGCUCCAUGGCCGUCCGCAAGCUGGAGACCCUGGGGGGCGACGACGUGCUCCGGUACCUCCUGCAGCUCGUACAGGCUGUGAAGUUUGAGCCCUACCACGACAGCGCCCUGGUCAGGUUCCUGCUGAAGAGAGCCCUGAGAAGCAAGCGCAUCGGUCACUUCCUGUUCUGGUUCCUGCGCAGCGAGAUCGUCCAGUCGCUGCACUACCAGCAGCGCUACGCCGUGUUGCUGGAGGCCUACCUCCGGGGCUGUGGGGACGCCAUGCUGACCGACUUCCACAAGCAGGUGGAGGUGACGGAGGCGCUGCAGAAAGUCACGCGGGAGAUGAAGGCCAUGCUGGCAGACAAGUACGACGUGUCCUCACAAGUGGUGUUUCAGCUGCGUCAGACACUGGAGGCUCUGCAGUCGUCUGGUCUUCCUCAGACCUUCAGAGUCCCUUACGAUCCUGGUCUAAGAGCGGGAACCUUAAUGAUAGAGCAGUGUAAGGUCAUGGCCUCCAAGAAGAGGCCUCUGUGGCUGCAGUUCAAGCGGGCGGACCCCAGCAGCCUCUCCUCCGACCCCAUCGGCAUCAUCUUCAAGGACGGGGACGACCUGCGCCAGGACAUGCUCAUCCUGCAGAUCCUGCUGAUCAUGGAGUCCAUCUGGGAGACGGAGUCCCUGGACCUGUACCUGCUGCCCUAUGGCUGCAUCUCCACGGGCAACCGGAUAGGUAUGAUAGAGAUUGUGAAGGACGCCGCCACCAUCGCCAACAUCCAGCAGAGCGUGGUGGGCAGCCGGGGGGCCUUCAAGGACGAGAUCCUCAACCAAUGGCUGCGCGACAAGUGUGUCAACGAGGACAGGGUAGGACCACCCACCCACUAAGAAUGUACCUUAUCAUUCCUUAUCAUAUUCAAAUAUAGUGCAUGCAUGAACAAGGAACCGACUUUAAAUGAUGAAAGGCUAUAUCUAUGUAGAACUGUGCCUUUGUUAAUAUAUUAUCACAUCUUAUAUCACCUUAAAAUACAGUACAUGCAGGAACAAGAGGAGAUUCUGGACAGUCUGUUGUCUCACACUUUAUAUGAUGAAAUCCUGAUCUUGGGAAGUCUGAUCUACUUAGGUCUCUAAGUAGGACUGAUCUUAGUAGCUCUUACCUAAGUAGGACUGAUCUUAGUAGCUCUUACCUAAGUAGGUCCUAUCUAUCAGGGCUGUCAAGUUUGGAACUGAGUUCAGAGUGAGAUUUUAUCAGCUGCGGCCGUGGGGGAGGGGGGGGGGGGGUAUAUUAACGUGUGACUGCAUACAAAUGUUUCCACAGACAUGGUGACUAAUGUAUGAUAGUAAAAAUAUACUAUCAUCAUCUGAAUAAUAUUCAGAAACAUCACUGCAUCAAAAGCUUUUUGGCUUAAGUAACACCAGCAGAGGCAUACUUUUCCCUGAACUUUUAAACGUUGCAAACGUGCCAAAACAUAAUUUUGUAUUUAUGUGGCAUUCAGUCCAAUGCUUAAAAUAUAUUGGUGGCAUUCAGUAGGCCAAUGCUGUUGUAAAGUGUGUAAAGUAUGACCAAGUGUUUCUUUCUGUUCAAUAGAUAGAACUUUAUCAAUCCCCUGUAGGAGAAAUGUGUUAAUGUUUGUCACUAUAAAACAAUAAUGGUAAAAAAAAAAUAUACAAAACAUGACGGUAACUAUGUAAGUCAAACCGUCCAAUCUGAAGGCUCUACAUAACCACUCCUGCUACUCCCUUCCACUAGGGCUUUGACUUUUGCCCAAAAAUCAUAUUCGAAGUUUGUUUGUUUAUUAAUAUUAAUAUUUGAAUAUAUUCAAACAUUUAUUGAUAAUAUUUUGACCAUUAAAUGCCUUCAGUAAGACCUGGAUUGGGCUUCGCAAGGUUUGUUUACCGCGUUGCUAUGGUUACCGGUCUUGCGUGUUCCAACGGUUUAUUAGGUUUCUAAUAAAUCGCUGUCUAAUCAAUACUUCA